AUGUGCAAAACGUCAUCGCUUGGGUGUUGCUCGUCACUUCAGCGAUAUUCAUCUUCAGCUGAAAAUACUAGAGUGCUUGCCGUUUAUGUGAAUGUAAUUUAUAUGAAUUAGAUGUAAUGUUUUCAUGGGAUUAAUUAUUCUUCUUAACUUGUAUUUAUCAAUUAGAUUGAUUGUGCACAACGAGUUUCAAAAGGAGGCACGAGAAUUUGUCUGAUUUACUGGAAAUUUAGCUGCCAGCAGAAAUGAAUGAGGAACCUUCUGGAAGACGUAGAGGUCGAGGUCGAGGCAGAGGCAGAGGCCGAGGUUUGGGAAGUGGAGUGGCUAGAUCCAUGCCUUCAAAACUGAGAUGGUCAAUAAAGGAGCAGAAACUUUUGUUGGAUGGCUUAAAAAGAUAUUCUCAUGAAGAUUUGAACAGUUUGUGUCGUAUGGUUCCCACCAAAUCAAAGGCAGAGAUUCAAGACUUUCUGAAAAUCUUGAAAGGGUCUAACCUUGCUAAAAUAAAGAGAGAGCAGCCUAUAACCAAAGCUCCUAUAGAGAACUGGCUGGAUUUGUGUUCUGAGCUAGUUUAUUAUGAACAAGAAGACUUUUCCAAAUUACUGUCACAGGUCUUUUCCAUCAUCAGCCAUUUUUCUGAUUUGCCAGAAUCCACUGCACCACACCUAGAGCCCAACUACCGUAAAUUAUAUCGUUACAUUGCAGCUGUUAUAGCUGACAAACCUCAGCUUCCAACACUUACUUCACUGGAGAGUGCCGUCAUCUUAGAUCUUAUCCACAGUGUUGGUGAUGUUUUGCGAGUCUCUGACACCACGCUGCAGAGAAAAGUGAUGUGCUGGAAGUACAAAAUGCUGAACCAUAAAUAUGCCUGCGGCAGUCUUGAAGACAACUUAGCACGCAUUCGCAAAGCACUUGUUAAUGAUUUCUCAGAUCUUCAAAAAGCAAAAUGCAUGGAAGGCCAACAAGAAUCAAUAAUCUCAAGAUCUUGUAACCUGGAUAGUGAAACGGCAGCAUUUCAGACAUCAGCCAGUCAACCAGGAGUUUCCCACUCUUUAGAGACUCGUCAAAAUGGAGAGGCCUCCAUAGGUUCCUUGGCAGAAGAUGAUGCAUCACAGAUGUUGGGUGAUGUAGUUGCAAAUAAUGUGUUUGAAGGAGAGAGCAGAUGCCAGGAGAAAGAGAAGACCAUCAACAAAAAAAGGCGGGGACGCAAACGCAUACACCAAUGGCGCAUUCCACUGAAGAAGCCCCCACUCUUUACCAUAAAUCCCUUUUGCAUCCCUGUGAGGCUGCUUCCUCUGAAACGGCAUGUAGAUGACCUUGAUCCUAAUGCAGAUGCCCUUUCACCUCAUCUUCAGCGUCUUCAAGGAAAGCCUCCUGCACUAACAUCAAAAACUGGUUCUCUCAUGGUGGAUUGUGCAGUUCAAGCAGCUGGGGGUCCCUUAAAACCAGCAAAUGAUUUUGAGCUUUUCAUGGAUAUCUGCCAUCCAAAUCAGCCCAAGAAGAAAAUCAUACGAUUGUUCCCCUCUCUUCAGCGGUGACUGCUGCCUCUUGUGCAGCUGGUGAGCCUUAUAGCCAUCGUGUUGCCAGUACUAUCCAAGUAGACCAACAGAAAACAGGUACAGCCCUUAUGAAUGCGCAAGGCACCAUUCCAGAAAGGUGUACAGUACAGACUACUGAAAAUGCAGAUGGUCGCAGAGCUUUAGUUCCUGUUCAUCUUGUCAACCCUGCAGGUCCUAUGAUGUCUCCAUUGUGUGCACCAGUUCUUGGGCGAGCAGUUUCUGUUGGUACAUCAGAUGCUAAAGUGGGUAGGACUGGUGGAGUUAUUACAAGUAACAGCUCAAAGCAGCCAGCACAACAUUCUCAUGAACAUUCCACAAAAAGUGCAUCUGCAAAAGAGAGUGGACCAUCUGUGGUUGUGCACCGUGUCUUUAAAGCAGAGGUGGGUCACCCGUGCCCUCUCGUUUUAGUAGUUCCCUCAAAACAUAUUCCAGUCGAAAACCUGGCUGUAUGCCAUCAGAGCACAGCAAAACCCGUGGUUAUGGCAUUAAUGCUGGUCUUUCCAAGGAUUCAAGUUCUGCUGGUUCCAUAGCCACAGCAGUAAGCUCUGGUAGGCAGGAUGCAGGCAGCAAUGUAACUGGUAUAGCCUCAGCUCUCAUGGUUCCCUCUGUUGCUGUUGCAUCACCUGUUAGCAUUAAGUCAGUAGACAUGCAAAAGGAGAUGAGCACCAUGAAUACUCAGCCAGUUCUCACAGCUGACAGGGCUGCUAGAUCAGCAAAUAAUAGAGUGGACGUAAGCCUUUUGCAUGAGAAACCUAGUACGGUAACCAACAUUCAGGCUACUACACUGGGUUCAGAUAAGACACAACAAGGCAGAGUCUACCAAGUGCUGCAGUCAAAUGUACAUCUAAAAAACUCGAAGGAUGCUUCUCAGGGUUUAAGAAAAGUUGUUGCCAGCAAGGGGAAAGCCAGACGCCCAAAUUUGCAUAUAUUUCAGAAGUCAGGUAAAAAACGCACUUUGGAUGUUGACUUCAAUUCAGCUAAUGUAGAAAUUGUAACACCUGAUGAGGCCAGAGAACGAAUCCUGAGAUUGGAAAGCAAAGCAUCAAACAGAAAUGUGGAAAAUACUGGUCAGCAGAUUACCACAUUCAUGGAGGAUAAGCAUGGCAAUGUGUAUCACACAGUAAGCAUCUGAGCAUGCUUGUUGACACUUUAGUGCUGCAUGGGACAAUAUCAAAAUGUUUCAUGUUAGGUACUGUGGAGUUUCAUUCAGGGUCAUUUUAAAGUCUGUGUAGUUUCAAAUAUUUUUCAUUUUUCUAAAAUAUAAGUUUGGAAGAAGAGUUGGAAAAUGAUUAUUUGUUUAUUCAACCAGACCUUGUAUUACUAACCAAAUGAAGUGUAGGUGUGCAUGCUUUUUCAAUCCUAUCCUGUGAACAGUGGUGGCAAUGUUGUCAAGUUAUUCCAAGAGUAAGCACAUGCGGAACUUCAGUAUUUUUUUUUUAAUUAAUCAGUUUCAUGUUGGAAUUUAUCUUUUACGAAAAGGAAGCACAAAUAAAUGCAAAUACACAAAGACCUCAUGAUCCAUUUUUGGUUUGCUUAUUGUUGACUUUAUUAGUUCUACAAAUGCUUUAUUGAUAUAAAAAUCUACAGUUGUAAAUUUUCUCUGAUUUGAAACUAAGGAUCUGAAAAAAAGUCCACUAAAUUUGUGCUCUUCUUUCUCGUCCACAUUGAUUUUUCUCUGAACAUAUGUUAGCAUACUGAACCAGUCAUGUUGGUUAACAAAUAAUGCAAUAAAAUGAUAGCAUAUAAGGAAAUAUAUUUCUUGUACAUCACAUUCAAGUUUUUGUUCAACAACUUGUUACAAUUGUAUUUAUGAAAGGUUUGUUUUUUUUUUUUUUUUUUGGGAACAUAACAAAGUUAGAAAAGUAACAGUAUGUUUUCACAGGUUUAUUAACACAAAUGCAACUGAAGUGAAGCUGUGGCUACAAAAACUUCAUGUGGAUGUGUUGUGCAUACAAUGAUUAUACCAGGAUUAACUAUAUAGAAAAAGCUGUUAUUGUAUAGUAGUGUUUUAUGCCAUAUAACUGAGGCUAUCUUAGGGUGAAUUGUCAUAGUAGACAAGGAGCUUAAAAAUACUAGAGUGGACACUACAAGUGGGACAGUUGUUUCCAAAUAAGUCUUUUUUUCCUCUAAAUGCACAUGAGUAUUGGUAACUUAAUGAGAAAAAUAUCCAUCCAAUUUAUAAAGAUUAUAAGUGUGAAGUCAACUCUUUUGGUCUGCAAUGUAACAGGUAUCAAGAAGAUGACACUGGUUGUACUAUUAUAAGGCAAGUCUAUAUAUUUACACAUAAAAGUUAAAAUGUU